ACGGUAGUGUUGACACGGCUCCUCGAGACACAGUCUCUUACACCCAGCAACACGAGUCAACGUGGUUGCUUGGAUCCCAAAAUAUUAAACGCUGUCACAAUAUUUACGUCUUGUUAAUGAAGAAGAGGACCUCAACCACACUGCUGGCACCAUAAAGAAGGAAUAAAUGCAUAUUUCGUGUAUCGUAAAGGAGAAUAUACAUUCAGUUCACCAGACGCCAAGAACACGUGCCACAUCUUGGACAUUUCUUCAUGUGUAGUAUAAGAUUUUUUCAUAAGGCUUUACCAUCAUGGUCAAAACAACUCAGUACCUGCGUUAUGUGCCUGGGUCAGUAUUUGGACUGGUUGGCACCGGCAGAUGUGUGCGGUUUGUCACUAGGUUCAGCCAGACAGCAAAGUAUGUGGCAGUUCCUGCUUGUGAGCGUGUCCUUGUUUGGGAUAUUAGAAGAGCUACUAAGGUUUUAACUUUAGAUGCAGAAGUGUGUGGGAGUGUAACAGUUCUAGAGCCUCGACCUUCUACCCCUGGGUCUCUUGAUAACACUCAUAUUGCAGUUGGAUACUCUGACGGUUCUCUUGCUGUGUUUGACCUUACACUUGGCCAACCUUUAAAGUUUACUGGACAUCGUGGUGCAGUGUCAACAUUAUCAUGGGAUCCACAGGGUAUGAGAGUGGCAUCUGGAAGCAGUGAUGGUGAAAUUGUUAUUUGGGAUGUGGUUUCUGAGCGUGGAAUGGUCCGCCUAAAAGGGCACAAAGGAAAGAUAACCAGGAUCCGCUUCUUACAGAAUCGCAAUGUAAUUGUAUCAUCUUGUAUUGAUUCUUUCAUUAAAUUCUGGGAUAUAGAUGUGAACCAUUGUUUUAGAACUCUGACUGGACAUCGUGCUGAGGUGUGGGACUUUGUGUUGCUGAGAAAUGAUACAAGGUUGAUCUCAGGAAGCAGUGAUGCAGAGCUGCGAGUAUGGUCACUUCGAUUCACUGAUGCCGAUAUUAAAACUACAAAGGAGACAAUUGAAGAGAAAUCAGAUGAGCCGUCAAAUAAAAUACUUCAUAUUGACACCCAAGGGAUGCAGUCUUCUACAGCAGACCAGGAAGACAAAGUAGAGGAUGAUGCUAGUAUUUUAGAAAUUGUAAGAUUGGGAAGUGUACUUCGCUCUCGUGGUGAUCGAGUAUGUGGUUUACAUACCAAUGACCGAGUGGUUGUUUGCCAUGGCAAGUCUCCAGUUAUGGACCUUUUUGUCAUUUUGACAGAUGAAGAGGUAGAGACUAAAGUUGCAAAGAGACUUAAAAAAACACGGAAACGAGCAAGAGAGGCAACUACUGUUGUUGAAGGACAUGAAGCACCCCAACUUGCUGAUGAAAUAAGAAAACUGCCAGCAUUGCGAGCAGCCAAUAAAUUGCUGGGAUUGGACGUCUUCUCUGAGAAAAUGGGUAAUAUGAAGAUCGUUGCACUUCAUGUGGAUAACAGCCUGGUGGUGUAUGGAUCCAGUCUCCAGGCUAAAGAAAAUAAAGCCCAGAUUCACUGUAAAGAAACUUCAAAAGCUCUGAGUAUAUUAGAUCGUCCAGGUCAUAGGACUGAAGUGAGGGCUAUAGCAUUCACUUCUCUUAGUGACCAAGUCAUCACUGCUAGUGCUGACUCUCUCAAAGUCUGGCAUAGAAAUGACACCCAAGCUAUAACAACAGUUCCAUGUGACUAUGCAGUCUCCCUCAUUGUUGUGCCUGGUGACCGCCAUGCACUAAUUGGCACACGAUCUGGCUGUCUUCAACUGUUUGAUUUAGGAGCAGCCACAUUACUGGAGAACAUAAUGGCUCAUGAACCAGAUGAAAUGGCUACAGACACAGGUGUAUGGUCAAUUACACUCACACAUGAUGGGCGUGGCUUUAUAACUGGUGGCAGUGACAAGAUGGUUAAGUUUUGGAAAUUUGAAUUGGUUCGUGAAGGAAAUGAAAGUAGUGGAAAGCGAUUAAGCUUUAUACAAGACAGCAGAGCUCUCAAGGUUGCUGAUCAGGUUACGUGCGUGCGAUGUUCUAGCAAUGGAAAGUUCGUAGCUGUAGCAACGCUGGACCUAAAGGAAACACUCUAUUUCUCUGAUACUUUAAAGCUGUGUCAUGAACUAUAUGGAAAAUCUCUUCCUACCACAUGCAUGGAUUUCUCUACUGAUGCAACUAUUAUAGUAACUGGUAGUAAGGACACAAGCCUCCGCAUAUAUGGAACAGAUUUUGGUGAUCAGAGAAGAUUAAUGAAAAAUGCUCAUCAAGGAGGGGUGACAGGUCUUCAGUUUAUCUCAAAAACCCACAUGUUCUUUUCUUGUGGUCAAGAUGGCACAGUAAAGCAGUGGGAUGCUGACAACUUUCAGAAGAUUAUUACUCUUCAGGGUCACACUGGAAUCGUCAGGUGUCUAGCAGUUUGUCCAAAAGGUGCGUGGGUGGUAAGUGGUGGACAAGAUUAUUCAGUUCGGCUCUGGGAACGCACCAAGGAACUUUUGAUAUUAGAAGAAGAGCGUGAAGAGGAACGCAGAAAGGAAGAGGAGGAAGGGGCAACCAAUGCUGCUCAAAGGCCUGUAUUGUCAGGUGAAGAAGGAGCACAGGCAGUCAGGCCAACCAUUACAAGUCAUCACACAGAAAAGGCUGCUGAUAUGAUAUUGGAGGCCCUUAUGAUCUAUCAUGAGCAAAUAGAAGCAGGUUCAGCAGCUGUACCACACCAACUGAUGACAUAUGUUUACCACACUUCUGACCCACUGAAGUUUGUCCUUGAGGUACUCAGGAAGGUGAAAUCAAGUGAACUUGAAGAAGCCAUAAUUUCUCUUCCUUUGGAUCGUAUUCUUGAAUUGCUGGUGGUCAUUAAGGGUCUUCUGGAGCAUGACUGGGAUGUGGAACUAGCCAGCAGGAUCUUGGUGUUGGCAGCAAGAAUUAACCUCCCUCAGUUAUUGUCAUCUGCUAUGGCUGCUCCCAUUAUCCAUACUCUUGCACAUCUAUUAACUCAGAAGACUCUCCAGCUGCAG